AUGGCUAGAACGCUGUUUUUUUUCAUAGUUUUAACUGUUGGUGUUGGUAUGCAAGUAAAAGGCCAAGAUGUAUCUACACCCAAGUCUUAUGACUUUGCAAUAUCCUCAGAAUCCCAAUUGUCAUUGCUGAAGUUGAAAGAAACACAUGUCUACAAUCUUCAUAGCUAUAACAAAAUAUUAAAGAUGCAUUUGAAAAAAAUUAAGCUAGCCAUUAGGUAUUCAGAAAAUCUGUUAAAAUCCUCGACGCUGUUUCAGUAUAAUUUGUUCUUUGGAUUUAAAGUUUUGAGACACAUUUAUAAGGCUUGGCCCUUGUACUUAACAUUAUUAACUAAAGAACUGGGCACCAAAGAGACUUCGGCUUUUCAGGACUUGUUAGAACAGCAACCAACGUCUGUUGAUUUUGAGGAAUCAUUGGGUGCUAUUCAUAGGCUACAGACCGUAUAUGAUCUAGACUCAUAUGCCAUGGCAGAAGGCAUUUUGGCUGGCAAAAAUUACAAUAUCAAGAAUUGGGGUGUUGAUGAGUGUUUAAUACUCGGUCUAAUGUAUCAAUACAUAAAAAACUACAACCAAUCGGAGAACUGGUUUCAGUUGGCUCUCUACUAUUACGAGGAUCAUCCCAAUCCAGAGGAGCUCGAAAUCAAGAUUUGGAAGUACACAAACUUGUUGGAACUUCUGGUGGAGGCCAACAAGGGACUUGGCCGCUAUUUGGAAGCUAAAAAAUAUGCAAAUGAGUUACUUACGCUUUUUCCCAAUCAGACUUAUAUGUUAAAGCAACUUCCAAAGCUGAAAUAUCUGCAUGAGAAUCCGAUCAAACUCAAAAAACCAAAAAAAGAGUAUAAGCUCCAAAAAGCUAUAUGCUCCAAGCGUUACCGGAGAAAAUCUGGAAAUCUAUUAUGUCGUUAUGUAAAUUGGACGCCAUUCCUGCAAUUGGCACCCCUGAAAAUGGAGGAGCUAUCAAUAGAAACCCAUAUAAGCAUCGUUCAUGACUUUAUUGGCCAAAAGGAUAUAGAAAUAUUAAAGAACGUGUCGAGACCAAAACUUCAACGACACGAAAACUUAUCUUGGAAUUGCAGUUGUAAAAUUGGAAAUCUAUCUAGCUCUUCACAUGAUAUUGUUGCUAAAAUUAAUAGACUGAUCUUAGAUGUCACAGGAUUUCCAAUGAAAGGCAAUGAAAAGCUAGAAGUCAUAAAUUAUGGAUUGGCUGGAAACUACAAUCUCGAUGACACUGCCAAAUCCAAGCACCAGAACCAUGCUAAUGCUUUGAUAUUUCUGAGCAAUGUUGAGAGGGGCGGAGAAAUAGUCUUUCCCUCUCGCCAUUUAAAAGUGAGAGCUCGAAAAGGAUCUAUGCUCGUUUGGGAAAAUGUCAAAGGAAGAGUUAUCUAUCAUCAGUGCCCUAUCUUAAAGGGAAACAUGUGGGUGGCUAACAAAGUGCUCAACUGA